CAUCGAUCCUCUUUCGGCUCCUUUCCAGCAACGUCCAAUACCUACCAAGUACCUUACCGUACCUUACCUAGGGAUAACUACAACCGUACAACGCCACUGGGGCAAUUUGAUGUCUGACAGCAUCUGCCAUCAAUAGUAACCUUCCUAUACCUAAGAUAUACCUACAAUAAUGGCUUCCAUAACACGGGAAACGUCCUUGUUGAGUCUGCCCACGGAGCUUCUUCAGGCGAUUUUAUCUUUGCUGGAGCCUUUCGACCUGGCCGCUUGCGCCAAAACAUGCCGUGAAUUGGCCUCGAGUAGCUAUGACGAUAUCAUAUGGGGCCCCAUUGUCAAUGCAUGUGCUGGUGAGCGUGUCAUCGCACCAGCGCCGCUGCAGUCGUUCCGUUCCCUCUAUGUCUCCUUGUUUCCGUACUGGUUCCUGACCCAACACCGGAUCUGGUUUGCAGACACGGCGCCCAGUGGCAAACUCCUCGUUGCUCGUUACAUUCCGACUAUGGGAUGCAUCACCGCCUAUCAGGUCGUUGCCGUCACGGCCCGAAGCAGCAGCGACUUCAGCUUCUGGGAGAAGGAUCGAGAGGUCAUCAUCCAGAACUUCCAUCCGACCUACAACGUCGACACCAAUCAACCCGUGCUGAAGCUGGAUGCCGAUACCAGCGUGGACCAGGCCACCGCGCAGACGCUGCGAUAUGAUCGAGAGGUGCCCAUGGAAAUCGCCACAAACUCUGGCCUUCACAGCUCGUUCAUGCUCUGCCGUGCUCUGCUCGACGGCGCCAUUUACGAGGGAGCUGCAGUCUGGCCGUCCACCAUCUUUCCUGCAACGAGUCGAGCUCGGAAUACAAGUCACGACGGGUUUCGGUCAGUGGGACAUCGGCCGAGCAAUCGCCAUGAAAUCAGCUCAAACAACUUCCGGAUCAGAAAAUGGGCCGAGUAUGGGACGUCCAGCUCCUCCUCCUCCUCCUUCUCCGGCACAGGAAGCCGAAUCAGUGCUGCAUUGGGGAUUGGGCUGCCAUGGUUCAUGAACGACAACAGCAGCAGCAACAGCAGCACUUCUCGUGAUGCCAUGCUGAGACCACGAAUACCCGAGCACAUUGCAUCAUAUAGCUCCCUUCCCGUCGAAAGCUACACGGCUUCCGCUGAGAAACCAUGGCAAGGCAUAUGGUGUGGUGAUUACAACGGUCACGGCUGCGAGUUUCUUCUGAUCACGCAACCAAGUCAGGAGGACGCGAAGCCGCUGCCUGCGGGCAUGGACUUUAUGAUGAGCCAAGUGUAUGGCGGAGAACACACAGAGGAGGAGCGUACGAAUGGUACUCCUCCUCCUGAUAUUACUAACACAACUACGACGGACGACGAAACAGAGGUCGAGAACGCUGCUUCUUCUUCGUCACGCCGAGUGCAGAAUCUCGACCAAGGACCCACAGGUCGUCUCGAAGCCAUCAAACUCACAGGAGACACAAACAUCCCACUAGGGAAAUAUAGCUUCAUCGCUCCAGACAUUGGCAACGAAGGACUCAUUCGCGUAGCCGACGAGCAUCCUUUUCAGGGCAGCCGCGUGGUGCGAAGUGCCGGUCACAUAGCGGAACGCGGAUUCAGUGAUGAUCGAUAUACACCCAGCCAACUAAUCCUCAUUUCGCAUAAUCGCCUUGCGCAGUACUGGCAAAGUUUUCGACACAUCAGCUAUUAUGAGCGCGUCAAUUUGGACAGUCUCUUGCCUCUAAGUCUCGAUGAGGCUAAUUCUUGAGUUCACGUAUUCACAUGUACCUAUAUAUGCUCUUUAUUCCAAGGGGGAAGAUUCUUUUCAAGAAAAGAAGAAAAUCAAAGAAAAAAAGAAAGAAAUCGCUCACGGUGCCAAUCGACCAGACUGGACGCCAUGCUUUGGUAUCAUUGACCUCCUCAACGCUUCAAAUCCCUUCCGCCUUCAGAUGCCCAGAAAUGACAGCAAUAUACGCGCUUUUAUGCAAUGCACUCGCCACGGACAACCCAUCUACCUACCGUAAGCUCUCGAAAGAAAUGCACUCAUGAUACAGCCUCCGGGCUCGCACUUUUGACACUAGUGGUACUACCCACGCUCGAGCCCGACCGGGACAUGGCUUCCAGUCGUUUCUUCAUUUCGUCGUGCUCUUUCUUCAGUAUCAGAAGUGCCGCGUUCUCUCGUUGUAGUUUCCGAAUGUACUCGUUCGCUGAUUCGACAGUAGAAGCUUUGCUGCUGUUGCUCUUGGCUAAUGAAUCCUCCUUGGAGUCUUUGCAGUCUGCAACAACUAGUUCCGGGCUACCUUCGCCAUCCAUGUGCUCAUUGCCUUUUCCGUGCGCUGGUUUGGGCAGAAGCGACUGCAUUUCUUUCAACGCAUCGUUGAUCCGAUUUCUUCGGCCCUGUUCCGCAACCUUGUGGGAUGUCCGUUUCGAUGUCAGCCCUGUCGACAGAGACUCGGGGUAGUUGACGCCCGGCAGUUGAUUGCCCUCGAGGAGAUUUUGAUAAUUCGACUUCGAUGCGAGAAGCAGAGCGUGAGUAGGAGAAUGAAGAGCUGCGCCUUCAGGAAGCAGGGGCUUGAUGCUGGGGCUAAUCCGUGGACGAAGCGCAGGAGAGAGUAUGCUGCCGCCAUUACUGAUACUGCCUCGUUUUUUGGCACUACGAAUGCUUUUGGACUCCUUCCGAUCCUUGAGCGACCCGUCUGGCGUGGAUGCUGUCAUGGGAGAUCCAACCACAGAUGGGCUUGGGGCUACAAAUUUGGCAGACGAAGGUGUACUCAGAGGACCUAAUUUAGGAGUCUUUCGUGCCGAUAGACGGGCUGUUCCCUCCGCUGGCGUAGAAGAGGUCAUAAUGAGGGAAAGCGAAGGCCUGCGCACGCUCUCGUCUGCUGCAGCUGGUAACUGGAGCUCUUCAAGAUCCAUAUCAUGCAGAUCUUGGGUUGACCUCGAAUCCGAUGUACCGGAACCACCACGUGGCAUCGACAAUAACGAUUUGGGCGUGGCCGCUUUGCCCAAAGGUCCACUGGAUUGGCUCUGUUGCUGCCCGCGGAUCGCCGGUGAAUGAGUCCUGCUAGACGAUGGCCGAGGCGGAGGACCCAUGAGAGCCUCACUGAGUGGCUCCGGGCUGAUGCUACCGUUUGCGGAGCGGUCGCUUUGCGGCGGUUGGGGGCCUGAUGAUGUUGGCUGUGCACUUCGUGAUUGCUGAAGUUCGAAGCUACCAUCCACAUCCCGAGAUGGCGCCAGAGUCGAGAGCAUAGAGCCAGAUUUGCGCUUGAUUGCCUUUUGUAUGGGGCUUUGCUGAACUCUGGCCAAAGGAUCUGCAUUUCGUGGAGUCGGGCCUUUCCUUCGUGUGGACUUUCUGGUUCGAGAGUCGUUUCCAGUUGUUUCCAUCAGCAAUUCGUCCGCCAGCAUAUCCACAUCUGCAGAUGGACCCAAUGGGGAGGCAGCAUUCGAACUUGGCGCAGUGCUCGGAUUUGUAUAAUACCCUUGGUGCUGUGAAUGCUGAGCGUGCUUCGAGUUUUGUGCAUGUAACAUAGGCGAGGUCAGAGGAGAAAAGUAGGCACAGGGCACUGUGUACUCUGGCUGAGCCUUGUACUGCGGCGUGCCUGCUGGGGACACCAUUGGCGUGAAUGCGGUCUGAGUCCGAGUCAGCCAGCUACGUGGAGUGCUCGCCGCCAUGUUUGCACGCACCACAUCCUCCUUCCCAAGCUGGUAUCUCUGCUCAAGCAAGGCACGUUGCUGAGAAUCUGACUGCAAUUGUAGAAAAUGCCCUUGCUCUCCAUGCAUUUCAUAGCUAUUUGGAGUGGGAGGUAUUUGCUGAUUCAUAGGGUAUGCCGUCAUACCUUGGAAUUGGUAGUGCUCAUGUGGUGGCUGAUAGUUCUGCUGCAUUGCAGGCGGGAAGGGAGAAUCGGUGGGGAAAGGUCCAGAGGAAUCGUAGCGCGGGCCAUGGUGGCCUUGGUGGGUAUCCUGUGGCAUGGCGAACUGCUGAUGUCCGCCGAAGUCAUGCGCAUUUGUGCCUGGUAUAGCUUGCGCCUCGCCCAGUUCGUUGAACGACGGGCUAGGAUGGGUGUCCGCAUGCUGCGUGUGGUCGUGGUCGUGGUCAUGGUACUGCGAGGCGUCGGCCGUGGGCAGGUUGUUCAACUCAAUGUCCCCAAACUCGAACAGGUUGGCCAAGUCGUCCAGACUGGCACUCAGCGACAACGAGUCCAUCUGUUCUGCUGGCCGCGACCAUUCUGACUCCGCCAUGGUUCACGCGCCAGGCUGUGCAGCGGGUUGAGGGGAGGUAGAAUCGGGCGGCCAAGCCUGUCGCAGCCGCGGGGAGAGGAUGUUGUAGGUAGGUAAGGUAGGAUACUGGUAGUACACUACGUGGGUAGUGACUACAUGUAAGGUACGACAGGCGCGUCUGUCUCGUCUCGUCUCGUCUCGUGUCGUUCGUGUGGUAUUGUGCCGUCUCGAAUCGUCUGGUCUCGUCUGGCUGUCUGUCGCAACGUCGCCACGGAGUUCCAGCAACAGCGUCGUCUGUUGGAGGUGGUGGUUUGGCUGGUUUCUGCUGUUGCUUCGCGGCCAACUAGCACUGUGAGCAGCAGACGGGCGUGGAGUCUGUUUAUCGUGGUUUCAACUGCAUGGGUAGGUAUACCUGCGGGCUGCGGCUGCGAAAAGACUCCCUAAGCACCUCACAUGUACAAGUAGGAUCCAUGUACUUGAGAGGUGAGAAGGCUCAGAACUCGCAGGGCUUACGGCCGUCAAAACCUUCGCUUCGCCUAUUCAUGUCACGGACCCGUUAACCCGUGUCCAACAUUCAGUCAUUCACUCACAACGCCGAGAUUCGCCACGAGAGUGUGCCCGAAUCAUCAGGUGAGAUCACUCUGGGGAAACCAUGUAUUACGCACCGCCAUCGUGUGUGUGUCGGUGGUGGUGACAGCCUGAUCGCUUUUCAGUAUUCC